AUGAAGGGCUGUCCGGCCUGCGUGGUCCUCAAAGUCCUACAUUCGGAGCCGUUCAUUCGGAUCGUGGUUGCGAGUUGUCGGCUCAGCAAGUACCUACGGGAUAUGCUAGAAAGAAAUGGCGGUGAGCAACAACAAGACGAGAAUAGCUGCGACACAAACAAGAAGGCGAUGACGACGGGUGUGGAGGCAUCAACAGCAGCAACAGCCGCGCUACCAGACUUCAGCUUCUGGCUGAACGCUGUCCAUCGCGCGGUCUCGGAGGAUGAUUUCUGGGGCCUCCAUUUUUGGGAGGAUAUCGAAGCCCGCGCGGAGGAUCUGGAGAUGGGUGUCAAGGAGUUGAUUAGGCAGUGCUGCGGCCUGUCCUCCUUCUCGACUUCGGCGAUUGCUGGGACGCCGCAGCAGCAACAACAGCAGCAGCAGCAGCAGCAGGGGUCGUAUUAUCAGACACGUAGAGCGGUUUCUUCAACACUUCCGGGUAACAAGGAGAGUGCUGGGAUGCCUCAUACCAUUACCCCAAGUCAGACGCAAAGCCUAAAGCAGCAGCAGCUUCCGGCUUCGGGGCUCAUAAAGAGCAACACAUGUCUAACGAAGCGUCUGCCCGGGGAAGAACAGGCAUGGAUGCGCAAGGUGAUCGAGGCGUGUUGGGUGAUGCUUACCAGGGAGGCGAUGAUGGGCGGCAAGAGGCGCAUGGAUCCGAGGGGGAGCGCCGAGGCUGCUGUCGGCAUGAUGAGGCCCGCUGGUGCUGCGUUAAGAUGUAGGAGCUUGACUACGUGA